AUGACGCCCGAUAUUCACAGGCCUCCAUACACCUUCCAAAACUCAGAGUGCCCGCCGUUGUCACCCACAGACUGGUCAUUAUUGACAUCAUCUUCAAACGCUGGUAGCACACCUGAAGCAAGCUUCCCAAACAACACACCGCCUGGUUCAAACGAAGAAAUGCCAAUGUUUUUUAACGGUCUUCAACUCGAUGCUAACCGACUCCGCUCGCUCUCUUACGCUUCAAGUACUUCUAAACAAGCUACAGAACAGAUGAUAUCUCGGUCGCUUUCCCUCGACCAGACUGCGUUACUAGAUUAUAAUGGUAUGGUGGAAGAAGUAGGACCUCUGAGUAGCCUACUGGAAGGAUAUUCUCCAAAUGUGCAGUCAGAAAAUAUGGGGCAGCGAGUCGUAACCGUAUUAAUCAACUCAGAGGUCUCUGAAACAGUCAAUAGGAUUGUUAAUCAGAUCGGAAGCGAGGAUGGAGUUAGCAUUGCUAUCCACCUGGGGUGA